GGAUAUAAAGUUUUGAACAGUGCCUCCCCAAGAAGUGUGAUGAGAAAUGGCUUUAGGAAACAAUACCCAGAGAAGUUAUUCCAUCAUCCCCUGUUUCAUCUUUGUUGAGCUCGUCAUCAUGGCUGGGACUGUUCUGCUCGCCUACUACUUCGAGUACACUGACACUUUUCAGGUGCAUAUCCAAGGUUUCUUCUGUCAGGAUGGCAAUUUGAUGAAACCGUACCCUGGGACGGAGGACGAGAGCUUCAUUUCACCACUUGUGCUGUACUGUGUGCUGGCUUCAACUCCGACAGCGAUUAUUUUUAUUGGUGAGAUAUCCAUGUAUUUCAUAAAAUCAACCCGAGAAACCCUCAUUGUUCAAGAGAAAACUAUUUUGACUGGAGAGUGCUGUUACCUGAACCCACUGCUUCGAAGAAUAAUACGUUUUAUAGGAGUGUUUGCAUUUGGACUUUUUGCCACUGACAUCUUUGUAAAUGCUGGCCAGGUUGUGACUGGGAACUUGGCUCCCUACUUCCUGACCGUGUGCAAACCCAACUACACUGGAAACGACUGCCGGGCCCACCACCAGUUCAUAAACAAUGGCAACAUCUGCACGGGGGAUGUGGAGGUGAUUGAAAAGGCCAGGAGAUCCUUUCCAUCCAAACAUGCUGCUUUGAGCAUCUACUCAGCUUUAUAUGCCACGAUGUACAUCACAAGCACAAUUAAAACAAAGAGUAGCAGGCUAGCCAAGCCCGUGCUGUGUCUGGGAACCCUGUGUGCUGCCUUCCUGACUGGGCUAAAUCGAGUAUCUGAGUAUCGAAACCACUGUUCGGAUGUGAUCGCAGGCUUCAUCCUGGGGAGUGCUGUAGCCUUGUUUCUGGGGAUAUGUGUUGUCCAUAACUUUAAAGGCAGUCAUGCAGCCCCUUCUAAAACGAAGCCUGAAGACCCACGAGGAAUGCCACUAAUGGCUUUUCCCAGGGUGGAAAGUCCUCUGGAGACACUGAGUGCACAGAAUCACUCUGCCUCUAUGACUGAAGUAACCUGAGAUGGAAGAUCAGCAGCUGAAGCUAUUUUUUACUACCCUCCAGUAAAAUACUCCAAGACACACAGUUACUAAAUGUCUAACUGUGAUGACCAGUAUUAUGUUAUGUCUAGUUAGAGGCUAAUGUUUUGUACUUUUUUUUGUAUGAGGAAGUGAUGUAGCUUGCCCUGAUUUUUUGUCAGCUUUAAUAUUAUUAUGCCAGACUUUAAAAGCAAAACAGAAAAAGAACAAAAAAAACCCUUUUCUUGUUUAAAGUGUGCACUGAGGAACUACAUCUAUGGAAUUGUUGAUGUUGUUAUGUGAUAUUUGUACACAAUUUUUUUUCUUCUCAGUUUUGAAUUUAUAUAUCUUGGGGGGAAAAAAAAUUCACUUUUACCUUUUCUUACCAUAAGAAGUGUUGGGUCAGAUUCUCAUCUGAGUAAACCCAGCAUGGAUCUGAAGUAAUUGCAUAUAUUUAAUUCAUAUUAAAAUAACAGUGAUCAGGAAUCUAACCUGAAUUAUACUAUCAACAAGAAACAAAAAUCCAUCCUUGAUUCAGUGAGCUACUUAAGUGUUCCCUGAGAGUUAAUGGACUUCAGUUUCCACCCAGUUCCUAGACUAGAAGCAUGUCCUUAAGCACCUCACUGAAUCAAAGCCUGAUUGUUCCGGUGUGGGUGAUUGUGUCAGUUGUUGAAGAAUGACUCAAACAACAUCCUUGGUCUGCAGUGUAGACAGACUGGACGUCAAAAUUUAUAGUAGUAGCUGAUAGCAUGUGAGCUGACUAUAUCAUCUCCCUAGAUCCUCAUUCCUCCCCGAGGCCCAGCUAAAGCUCCCAGUGAAACCUGGCUUCAGGAAUUGACUAUGGGGAUAUACAGCCACCACUGCGGGGCUGAGGCUGCGCUUUAAGUGUUUCAUCAUUUCAUCAUAGAUUUGUGGGGUAACUAGUGACACUGGUGCAAAGGAAAAGUGGCACCACUCCUUCACCAGGGUAGCAUUCCUUGGCAUUCAAAUUAGCAUAGCCAAGAAGCCAGUUUUGCUGCCCAAAAAAUUUUUCUUUUCCUGAGGAGUUUUAAAAAGCCAAGAAAAAAAAAAGACAGAAAGAAAGACAAGAAAAGACGAAAGAAAGAAAGAAAGAAAGAAAGAAAGAAAGAAAGAAAGAAAGAAAGAAGAAAGAAAGAAAGAAAGAAAGAAAGAAAGAAAGAAAGAAAGAAAGAAAGAAAGAAAGAAAGAAAGAAAGAAAGAAAGAAGAAAGAAAAGAAGCUGAGUCUGUAGUAGCAGUCUGCAUUUUUUGUAAAUUCUGCCACACAGAAUUUAUAACAAAACUGCUAUAUUACAAUUUUAACAACUUUGUCUAAGCAUUAUAAAGACAACUAAGUGUGGGUUGGGGAUGGGAAGAACAAAAAAGUCCAUUUACAAUGGUUCAAACUAGGGCAAAGGCUUCAUUAAAUGAUUUUUCACUGUUUCUAGGAUUUUCCUGCAUCUCAUUCUUCUAGCAUGGUGAUAACUGCUGUGUGUCUCCUUUAAAGAAUGGAGCCUCUGUACUUUUACUGGAAUGUUUACCUCACAUUUCCAUGUUGGUUCUUCUUGGCUUUUUUUUUUUUGUAUAUUUUUUCCAAAA